CUUGAAACGUAACACAUUGUGAUCGUGAGAAUAUUACUUCUGCUUCGUUUGCCAAGACAUUCGUUUCAUGCAGUGCAUUUCAUAUAACUGCAAGUAGCAUAGUCUACCAGUUUUGGAGAUGAGAGACGAUGGAUCUUGAAUGCCACACGUGCAAGCAGCUGACUCCAGUCAGCGAAGUUCAGCAUCUGUUCGUCAACUGGUCUUUCAUUACUUAUAUGUCCAAUUACCAGUUCCAAUGCUCUGCGUGUGGCGGCGGUCUACCUAAUGUUCGUCGAUGUCCAGCUGUAUGGGAUGGUAUUUUACUGACCACCGUAGCUAACUUGACAGCGGCUCAGCGGUCUGAGGAUGAACCGAAGCAAUUCUUUGACUUGAAUCAGGAUAUCAUUCCAUUUAUUCUAACCAACUGGGACUCUAUCUGUACGAACCGCUCGCGUUCAAGUCACUGGUCGGCGCGUCUUGACAUGCGCUUUAAGCAAUAUCCUGACAUUUAUGAUAUUGAUGAUUCAACGCCACCGCAAUACUCCUUGACUGAGAAGUAUCAAGAUUUGUCUGUAUUGACACCAUCGUUUGUUGACAACCUAUUUAAAAUUGAGAGAAAGGUUGUUGACCCCACACCCAAGCCUCUUCCACCGCAGGCUACCGUAAAGCUCCCAGGAACACGAGGACCGAAACGGAAAGGUGAAACUUUCCCCACUGCAUCCAAGCGCACCAGAACCACUACACCAAAGCUUCCCGUACACGGAUACCCAACAGAGCAUCCUCAUAACAAGGAUGGGUAUCGGUAUAUUUUGGCUGAGGUGGACCCGAGGACAACGGAGAAAGAUCUUGAUGCUUAUGCCGGCAAGGCCGUACCAGGAUUCCUGUACCGCGUUGUUGCUCCUCCACUCUCAUUGCUAGCGUUGCAUGAUCGAGCUCCUCAAUUGAAAGUGUCUGAAGACCGUCUCAAUGUCACAGGGGACAAAGGUUAUUGCAUGAUACGUGGCACUGUUGGCGUUUCACAUGGACAGUGGUACUUUGAGGUUCGUGUUGACAGUAUGCCAGAGCCGUCAGCGUGUCGCAUUGGUUGGGCGCAAAGCCUGGGCCAGCUACAAGCUCCAUGUGGUUAUGAUAAGUUCAGCUACUCAUGGCGAAGUCGCAAAGGCACUUUCUUUCAUCAGAGUGUUGGAAAGCACUACAGCGCUGGUGGCUUUGGAACUGGUGAUGUUCUAGGGUUUCUCAUUGACCUCCCAGACAACGCUGACUCCAGUAAACAUUUGCCACCUACACACAAGGACAAGGCUCUUAUCCGCUUCAAAAACUUCCUCUACUAUGAGGAGAAAGAUUAUGUCGAAAGAGAAGAAAAGGCCUUGAUGAAGCUUCCUAGCAGCAGGCUGGUAUGUUUCAAGAAUGGAGUAAGCCAGGGAGUAGCAUGUGAAGGUGUGUAUGAAGGGCGCUAUUACCCAGCAGUCUCCUUGUUCAAGAAUGCAACCAUAACGUGUAACUUUGGUCCCACGUUUGAAUGUCCACCUGAUGAUGAUACGCAGUACAGGCCGAUGAGUGAAGCUGCUGACCAUAACAUGAUUGAGCAGGCAAUGGCUGACAUGCUCUUUCACGUGGAGAAGGACGUUGAUGGAGAAGCUGAGAUCUUGAAGAGAGCCGAGGAGGAGAAUGGCACAACUACCAAAUUACCUGCUGCUGGAAAGAGGUAGCACAUACAGGCUUGUUUCUGUUGAAUCGAUUCGUGUUGCUUGAAAAUCUCUCAUGAAAAUUUCUCAUCAAAUGCUCGUUUUACUAUGAAAUAUUAUGAUAAUCCAUUGGCCACAGUGCAAGUGCCGAAGCCUGCAUGAAGACAUACCUCACAUGAAACACAUGUCAAUGCAACAUCACCAUGGUAACUGGUCAUAUCUCAUAUUCCAUGUCUACAGUACAGAGUACUACUGGUUGUGACCUCGGUGCACACGCUACAGAUAAUUAUCAUAUCACACAUCAUCAUCAUUAUGCUCUUUUCUUAGUCUUGUGCUCUUAGUUGCUUUCUGUUAGAAGUUUGUUAGGAUGUGGCAUGUGGAUAGUGGACACCUGCUUAGUUUCUCGCGUACUUGCUUUUUGUAUAUUGCAUCGCUGUCAGAAAACGAACACGGACGGUCUUCCGUGUCUUGAAAUGCUUUCGGAUCGAUUGCAGCAGAAGUAGUCAUCCCACCCUCUGCAACUACAAGUAGUUGGUGCUAUUUGCUUUCGUUUUUCAGACGGCACCUUGG